ACCCUCGUUAUUAUCUUGAGCAUAUAUUUCCUUUAAGAAGAUGGCGGCGAGUCAGGGAGGAGCGGCAGCCACAGCGGUCCUACAGGGCCAUCACUAUCCGGCCGGACCGCACUGGAGCGCGAGCGGCGCGCCGCCUCAACCCCAGCCGCCGCACACCGCGCGCAGCUUGGACCGCGCGCUCGAGGACGCAGCCUGCUCCGGAGUGCUGAACAUCAGCGGGAGGAAACUGCGCGACUACCCGGGACUCAGCUACGAUCUAACGGACACCACGCACGCAGAUCUAUCCAAGAACCGUUUUGGAGAGAUCCCCCCUGAAGUGUGUAUGUUCGCACCGCUGGAGUCGCUCAACCUCUACCACAACUGCAUAAAGAUGAUUCCGGAAGCCAUCGUUAACUUACAGAUGCUUACAUACCUCAAUAUCAGUCGGAAUCAACUGUCUGUGCUGCCCAAGUUCCUGUUCAAUCUGCCUCUCCGAGUCCUGGUGGUCAGCAACAACAAACUGCUGUCCAUUCCGGACGAUAUUGGCAAAGCCAAAGACCUCAUGGAACUGGACAUAAGCUGUAAUGAAAUUCAGGUGCUUCCUACUCAGAUGGGGAAACUCCAUGCCUUACGAGAGCUGAACAUCAGAAGAAACUGCAUACAAGUCCUUCCCGAUGAGCUGUCUGAUCUGCCGUUGAUCAGGUUGGAUUUCUCCUGUAAUAAGAUCACAGAAAUCCCUCCGUCGUACCGUAAACUCUGCCAGAUCCAGCACAUCGUCCUCGACAACAACCCCAUGCAGUCCCCUCCUGCACAGAUCUGUCUGAAGGGAAAGAUACACAUCUUUAAGUAUUUAAACAUGCAGGCGUGUCGGCUGGAGAAGAAGCCUGACUCGCUGGACCUGCCUUUGGCGGGCAAACGCUGUUUAGCGCAGCAGCUGACGGACAGCAUAGAGGAUUUUUACCCCAGUAAGAACCAUGGACCUGAUUCGGGUAUUGGGAGUGACAACGGGGAUAAGAGACUAUCUACUACAGAGCCCUCGGAUGACGACACUAUCAGCCUACACUCUCAGGUGUCGGAGACGGCGCGGGCCGAAGCCCACUCUCUCCUCUGCAAGCUGGACUCGAACAGAGAUCAGGACCCGUACGACUUCAUUGACCCAAACCCAGAUGAAGACGUUGUUCUCUGUGAGGGCGACAUGCAGCAGAACACACCCUACGUCACCUGUAUAAAGGAGCUGGAGAGGGUUCUUAAAACACACCAAAGCAAAGACAAGGAGAACUGGAAGGAGGAGUCUGGCUCAGAGAAAGAGCAGCUUGCCGAGGAAGAAGAUGAUGAGUUGAAGGACGUUUUGGAUCUUAGGAAGAUUGCAGUGCAACUACUGCAGCAGGAGCAACAGAACAGGAGGCGGUCCUUAAUUUGUAGAGCAGAAAGCCUCAUCCACCGGAGGAGAGCUGCGGGGAGAACGCACAGAUUUCUAAGUCAUUCUGGAGGAAGCAGCAAACAGAGAUCUCCCUCACAAACCGUUAGGAGUGCGUCACUGGAUGAGGGAAGCAGUUCAUCCUCAGCAAUGUGUGGACAGGAUGCCGACCUCACCGAUGAAGACGCCACGUUCUCUGAGCCCUCGUUAUCCUGCUCGUUCGACGGGAGUCUGAAGUCGGAGAACGGCGACAGCGAGCCCAAAUGGCCCGAGCUUCCUCCCAUCCUAAACCAGAAUGAAGACCGGAGACGAAACAAAUACCUGAGGAAGGACUACCUCAAGUACAAGUGCCAAAGCGCACGAAGAAACUCCACCGAGAACGAUUCUGAGGAAGGACUGCAUUCCACAGAUUUCAGCACAACACUGACUGUCUUUGGCUUGAAGCCGAGAUCAGCCUUUUCCCGCAGCAGUAGCCGUCAGGAGUAUGGCUCGACAGACCCCAGCUUCACAAUGAGGAGAAAGAUGGAGCAUCUCAGAGAGGAAAUGGAGCAGAUACAGCUCUUGCGGCAGAACCUGGAGUCAAGGUUGAAGGUUUUGUUGCCCGAUGACGUCGGUGCUGCUUUAAUGGAUGGCGUUGUGUUGUGCCAUCUGGCCAAUCACAUUCGACCUCGGUCCGUGGCCAGCAUUCACGUACCCUCACCAGCAGUGCCGAAGCUGAGCAUGGCGAAGUGCCGGCGCAACGUUGAGAAUUUUCUGGACGCGUGCAAGAAACUUGGAGUGCCCCAGGACAAGUUGUGUUUGCCUCAUCACAUCCUGGAGGAACGAGGUUUGGUGAAAGUUGGCAUUACCGUCCAAGCCUUGUUGGAUUUGUCGUCGUCCAGGCCAACUCAGACAUCCACCAUGUAGCACUCAAUCUGGGACAAAGUUCCCGAAAAGACAACAACGGAAAAAAAAAUCCAGGACAAAAAAAUCCUUCUCUUUUAGCCUCUGAACUUCAGAGCUUUCUCUGAGCAGACUUAACGACUCCUGCUAGAAGCAACAACAAAAAGGUCUGCAACCUUCUAGCCUUAGUCCAAUGCCACACGAGCUACUGAGAGACCGGUGAGAACAAGAGCGAGGGACUGAGAGAUAAUGAGAGUAGUGGGUCUAGAAUAUUAUCCGUUGAGGUAGAGGACGACUGGACCUCAUUAAGGGUAGUGCCCCCCCCACCGCCCCUCUGUCUAUCUCUAUUCAGUUCUGUACAAAUGUUUUGCAACUGUUACACAAAUCAGCAAAAGGAAACGGGAUUAUUUGUGUUUGUCGACAGAUAAAUGCUAAUCUAGCUAGCCAACACCACGGCCCAAACGCUGUGCGACGCUGGCAGCGUACUAUCUCAACAGUAGAGCGAGUGGUGGUGAGUUUUAGAUUUCACCUGUAUGAAAACUGGCUGCAUCGCGAUUAUUUAUUUGAAAACGUUACCGCUCGUUCUCAUAUUCUUCUUUAACUUCGCUACCGCCAACAAACGGCAGACGUCGUGAUAUUCCGAUGUUCUCAAAAGCGAACGGAAGCUUCUUCUCUUUCCCAACCUCUCACUAUCUCUCUUCCCUCUAUUCCCGUCCACGUUCACUCCAUUCCCCGCUACACCAGGAAGCCCACACGGACACACGCCUGGAAGAAUUCCCACAGUGGAUCGGCUGAUAUGGAGCACCGGGCGGACUUUCACACCCGAACGGAAUGCCCUCCUCCUGCAUGACGCCGCUAAAUCCACUCAAUUAGAGAAGUCCAGUAAUUUGUGCGUUUGGAAGAAUUCCGUGUAAGAAAGAAUUUGAAAGUUGUAGAUAGAAGAAGAACGCGUGGAGCGCACAGAAGAUAUUGAGGAUGGAUCAACAAACACUCGAAACGAGGCACAACUGGAUAAACUGUUUUUUUUUUUUUAAUCGGGUAAAUGAUGUGAACUGCUUAUUUUUAUUCUUUUUAUUUAUUGUUAGUUGAAAUAGAUCUAUGCCCUGGAUCGCGGUUUUAAUUUUCGAUGAUUUGUACGUACACAAGUAUGCACGCACUCGCACAUACACAACGCAGGAACCUUCAAGAUCGUAAUCCUUCGAGCGGGAACUGCGGUUCAAAUCAAGCGCAGUACAACUGAAUGCAUCUCGUGUGCUUGUGAGAGACAGUGCACUAGCUUAACGAAAGACAUCUGAAACAAAUCACAGCGUGACCGGAAUCUCACCUUUCUAAGCUGUUCCUCUCGGUUUUUCGCGACUUUAUCAUUUUCUUUUCACCUGAUUAUUGAUAUUAUGUCCGCUCGGUUUUGUUUUCUCGGAUCUUUGUGCUACUGUCCUGUACUGUUAACAUGAAGUCGUUUUAGACCGGGCAUCAAUCCCUGACUACUCAUUGUAAAGAGAGUUGUUUAAGAAAUUUUUGAUGUAUUUAUUGUAUAUUUAUUCGUGAUUGGUUUCUACAUGUAUUGCCUUCUUUCUUUUUUUUUUAAACCAGCAUCAGAAAUAUACCUUGUAUGCUAUUCUGGGUUUUAUUUUAUUGCAAUACUCAGGUGGGAGGUGAGGUGGGAUCAGGUUUAAUUAUAUACUUACAGAUUCACGUCUCCGCCCUGCGUGCACAAACACAGUUGGCAUGUUCUUCCUGUGCUUCGAGGGUUUCCUCCAGGUACUCUGGUUUCAACUUCCACGCCAAAGAUAAACGUUAUGCUGAUUGGCAUCUCUAAAUUGUCCGUAGUGUGUGAAUGAGUGUAUGCACGAUUGUGGGAGUUCCCCGGGAUAAUCUCCGGGCUCCGCCGCGACCCUGUGUAGUAUUCGCGGUACACAUAAUGGAUGGAUAACGCAAAUUCAAGUGUAGUCCAGGUAUGCAAGUAGAGCCUUUCCAGACCCACAUCCAUCACAAAUGCCUGCACCGAUGAGACGUAUAUUGACCUUUUUGCUGCGGAGUUUCCAUCUGCCAUCUAAACCUACAGUAUAUACGGAGUUUGCCACCUUUGUGAUCAUGUUGUGGCCCACGUUUAGUCCUAACACUUGAACGUAUUCAAAUCGCUCACGUAUUCCGCAGUUCGUUGUACAUCAUGCAAGCCAUGAUGUGCAACACCUUAUCAGAUCGGAUGCACGUUGAAAACACGGAAACGUGCAGUGCUGGAUGCAUGAGCAAUACACUGUAACCCCCAGUUAGAUUUUAUCACCGGUUCUGUAUAUUUAUUCUGUUUUGCGUGCAAGCCACUGCAAGUACAAUUACUUUUCUUUCAGAUUGUCAGUUACAAGACUGAAAACCUUUUAUAAGGCGUGCGCUUGAACAUCGCUGACUGCCUCCUAGCCAAAAUAUAUAUACCCAUGCUUCUUGUGUGCACUUAAGACACAUCGAAAUAUCUCAGCAUCUCAUCUCGCUCUUUUUUUUUCUACAUUUACAAAAGCAACGCUUAGCACAAAAGGGGAAAUAUUAAACCACUGGUUUAAAAAAAAAAAAAAAAAACAUUUCAAAUUCCAGUCAGCUAUUCGUGAAUAUCGGGGCGUUAAUAUGAGUUCCGGUCGACGUCGGUGUUCCACACGUUCCGAUGAGCCGUAAGACGCUCUGGGAAAAAGCUCAUCGUGGCGUAAUUUUUCUACGACUCUCAGAUCUUUUCCCAGCUACAGCUCCUUGUUUCAAAUAACUCUGAGAUGACAUUGAAAAAUAAGUCUUGCUUUUCUCUCUUCCAUCCAUGUCCUGUGUCUGUUUCUCACACUGUGAAUAACGUAAUCAUUUGUACAUAACCUGUGUAACGCACCGUUGGAUUGUGAUUGCGGCGUUGGCACGUUAUGCAAUCGCAAUUAUGCAGUUUUGUGCCAGAAAAGAUAUCUUUUUAUGUUGAAACACCGAGAUACAGCCUGCUGUUUUUUUCUUCUGCAUUUCACUAGCAUUCUUCAUACAGUUUCACAAUCAAGUGAAAGGGGCAGUGGUGGUUUAGCGGUUAAGGCUCUGGGUUACUGCUCAGAAGGGUAGGGGUUCAAGCCCCAGCACUGCCAAGCUGGCACUGUUGGGCUCUUGAGCAAGGCCCUUAACUCUCUCUACUCCAGGGGGUGCUGUAUCAUGUCUGACCCCAACUUCCUGACAUGCUUGGGUAUGCGAAGAAAUUAAUUUCACUGUGCUGUAAUGUACACAUGACCAAUAAAGACUCAUCAUCAUCCCAUAAAGCAA